AUGGGAAGCACUACCGCCUUCAGAUCCGACUUCCAUUCCACCCUCAGCGGCGACGGCGACUCUUACCGUCGUUUCGACAGCGGCUCGAUUUCCUCGACCGCUGUGCCGCGCGGGCGGCUGACCGAGCUCAGUAGCUUUGACUCCGAGACUUGGAGACCGGCGGUACCUGGUGGGGCCAAAGAAACCAUAGGAAAAUGGAUGAAAAUGCUAAGACACUAUAGGAAAACCAUGGUGAUUUAG